CUAUUUCAUAUCGCGUGAUAUCAUGUCCAGGAUUGGUUAUAUUUAGAAUAGUUCAGUCAAGAUGGACCGCCUGCGGAGACUCGCAAUUAUGCGUGCACAUCAAAUGUCAUAAUCUUCCUUUUGGGCAAAAUAUUAUUCACUUUCCAAAUUUUUCUCGCAUAUUAUUCUUGCCACGCAGAUCUCCAAGUUUUUUUUUCUAUAUUAUCUCCAAGCCAAUUCCUAAAUUUCUAAAAGUAUUCAUCAUGGGUGAUCAAGUUCUGAUAACAAGCAGACAUUUAAAAGUUACUGAUCCACAGAGAAAAAGAAUUAUUAUGCCAAACGUAAUGUUGCAUACCAAAGAUGUAAUGAUUCCUGUUGUGAAAACUGUACCCCUCAAGCACAGCUUUAACAUUCCUUUGCCAGACAAUAAACUUGAGAUUCUGAGGGCACAAAACUAUAGAAAUAAUCCUGCAUUGCUGUUCUCAGAAACACCAUCGCAUACAUUAUAUAAUCCUUUGGAAAACUUAAUUGAGGUGAAAAGACUGAAUUGUGGGAAACUCAGGAAUCAGAGUACAAAAUAUACUAUUUCUGGAAAGACAAAUUCCCCAAGCAUCAAGAAGAAGAGUAUUUUGCAAGAUAUUUUUGAAAAUUCAUGCCCGUCGAAGAGAUUGUCCCGCAAGAAAAAAAGCAACGCAUUACACUUUCCUAAUACCAAGCUUCCACCAUCAAAAAAGGACGAAAAUUUGCACGAGAUAAGUUCAAAAUCGAUAAAACUAUCAAGAAAGUGCAAUUUAUCACAAAUUAAAAAGAAGAAUCAGAUAAAGUAUGAGGAUAAGUCUGUAGGCUUGCCAAAGAUAGAAACACCAAUUAGCAAUAUCAUGAACAAAUCAUCAAUUAUAUCAUUAGAAAGUCAAUCCUUCCACGAUUUCACAGAUACUGUUUCCACAGUAUCGAUACUGUCAGUGUCCAGUUUCAAGCUUGAGAACAAGAAAGCAUUUGCAAACAUUGAAAAUAGGGAAAAAUUGAUAUCCAGAUUAGCAUCAAAUCAUUUACAGCCUAAUAGUAGUGAAUAUGAAAUAAAUGUGUUACAUUAUGAGAAUGAUAAUUUGCUAGAAAAAAAUAUUCAAGACACUUUGGGAAUUCUUGCUAAUAAGAAAAGCCAUAAAGUAAUAGACGAUCAAUGUAUGACAGAAAAUUAUAAAUGGGAUCCAUAUAAAAUCAUACGUGACAAAUAUUCAUGGGAAGCUGAUAAUUGGAUGCCACCCUCUCAGAGGGAAAAUCAAUAUAACAAUGAACGUGAAGUAAGGAAUGUGGGAUGGUACAGCAGAAAUCCUUACGAUUGCAAAAUAAAAUAUUCCUGGCAAGUUAUUGGAACGAGCACACAAACGUCGUACAGUUUGUUACAAGACUUGUUGGACGAUGUUGAUGCAGAGGGCAAUAAGUCUGCGUACAAAAUGUGCAACAUAAAGUAUUCUUGGCAAAUUAUAGGAAUUGGUACACAAGCAUCUUUGCAUAAUUAUAAUGAUCAAGAUUAUUGGAACGGCAUGUUGCUGACGCCGAAUAAGAAUUCUAACAAGUACAAUGUUCGAAUCGACAAUAAAAAAAUAGAUUACACUAAAUUGCAAGAUCAUUCAGCAAAUUAUUCAGAAAACAGGUUGAAGAGAUAUUUAAUAUUAAACAAUCAGCAAACUCAGACCUUCGCCGAGAAAGAAGUUCAAGCUGACACUAGUGAUUACUGUGCAAAAUAUUCUUGGCACAAUUUAAUAAAGCAAUAUCUAUAAUUGAUUACUUUUUCAGAUAUGGAACAAAUUUUGGAAGCACUGACCAAUCAAAAUCUGUCAGAUAAAUCGGAAAUAGAACAAGUUGACAACGAUAAUGAAUUAUUAGAGAGAUUUAUGAUAAAGCCAUUAAUACCAAAUCCUGGCAAAAAUUCUGUGAUAUCUAAUAAUGGCAAUGAAAAGACAAAGAAGGAGGAGCUGCUGACGAGAUUAACAUACACUUUAAAAAAAUUAAAUCAAUAUGAACAAAACGAUAAGAAUUGUGGUACAAACAUAGCACAACUUGAUGCAGAAGGUACUUUCAUACAGAAAGAAGUGUUGUCACAAAAUGUAGAAGAGAAUAUCAAAGGCAUUGUACAAUCUGUACAAGAAUACAUAACAAAAUUGGAUUAUCAAUUGAAAGAUCUUGAUAAGGCUGAUCAGCAGAUAGAAAAUAGUAUGAUGAAAACGUUAAAAGAUAUAGACGGGACAUUUCAAUCUUUGUUAGAUGAUGUGUGCUAUGAAAUCAAUAAGAGACGCGAAGAGUUGAUAUUGGAAACACAGAUUCACAAGCUUGAAAGUUUAAUACCACUGAGGGCUUGUAGAAGGGAGGUGGAAGCACAGAUACAAAACGCACAAAACAUCAUAUCUACAAGUGAAAAUAUGCUGCAGCAUCCACAUCGAUUUAGUGCAAACAGAUUCGCCAAAAUAAUUGCUGCUAGUAAUGAUAUAGGCAGGAUCCCGGCAGUGCCGUACUCGGAGGAGCUUCCAAAUAUAAAUUUCGAUCGCCCAUUAAACUCCUGUAAGGAGGAGAUCAUCGAGCAGAUAUCGAAGCUUGGCUGUAUUUCUCGUACAGUACCUGUUCAAAUAACAAACAUCGAGGAGAGACCGGCGGGUUUAUUCGUUAAAUGGCAUAUAACUAAUCCGGAAUACACUGCUGAGGAGCAAACAUUUAUCGUAGAGAAGGCGAACGGGAAAAUUCUCGAUCCGACAUUGUGCGAAUUCCAAACGGUGUAUAAAGGACCCGACACUUUCUGCUUCGUCAGAAAUAUACCUGUUAAUCAGCCAGUCACGCUUAGGGUCAGGAUACAAGCGGACAAUGUAGCAAGAAGUGUACAUCAUAUUGCGAAGACUUCUAUACCACCAUAUAGCUGGGAACUCGAUAAUAAGCAUUACAUGAUUACUAAUAAUGGUAAAACAGCUGUAAAACUCACAGAUAUUAUAAGCACAUUGUUUUCACAUGGUCCCCAGUUUGAUGCGAAUCACAUAAUUGAAUUCAAGUUCUUAGAGGCUGCGCCAGAAGGAGAUGACGACGAAGGUAUCGCGUUAGUUUACAAUCCACGAGACAGUCACGACACUUUAAAGAGAACAGCAACGUUGAUGAUCACAUCUCGUGGAAAGAUCUUCAUGGAUGGCGACGAGAAAUUGAUGCGCCUGCCAAAAAUGCGUUUCGGUGCAAAUAUUACGAUCUCAGCCUUCCGCAAAGACGCUCACGUAUUGCGAGUGAAUAUCGAAUCUGAAAAUAAAUGCGUGACGUAUGAUUGGCGCGUGCAAACGCCGCUAUACUUUGCCGCCCGAUUUACCGAGUACAAAAAAUGGAGUCUGACGCUCAAGUGAAACACACAAGAAUUAUUUUUAUUACGCAAGACGCAAUGUAACGUAACAAUAAAGGGGAAAGUGCCUUACGCACAGGGAAACAUUCAACCCGAACAUCCUCUGCAACCGCAGUGUAUGCAUUCUACUAUUCGGCCCUCCUCCAGUUUGCCCUUUGGCACUCUGCAGAUGCAGUUUGUACCGAAAUUAGUGUCUCUCGUCUGAAUGCAUCGCAAGCAGCAUAAGUUUUCGUAGCCGACCUUCUUCCACUUGGCGAUUAGGUUCCUGUCCGCAAUAUUUUCACUCAAGCAGUAAUCGUACAAUUCUGAAAUUGAAACAGGAGAAUCAGAGAGAAUAUUUUAAUUAAUCAAGUGGCAAAAUUAUGCUAUAUAUGCAACUCACCGCGACUUAUCGCUUUCCUCCUGUAAAAUAAAUCGUAUAUGUAACGAGA